AUGAGCUCUUCGGGCGACGAUCAAAUACGAUGGCACGAAGAGCCCGACCUACGCUCGCUGCUGCACGCGCCUCGACAAGCCUUGCUCACUACUCUCGACUUCAAGCUCAGCGGACUCGAUGGACGAAUCACUGGAUACAAGCUCAGGACUCUGGCAAGCAAUCCUGAAGGCUCUAUAUCCUCGUCCCUUCAGCGAGCGCCAGCAGAUCACAGCCAAUUCAUUCGCGGCAAGUCAGCUUACUUCCCCUUUGCGCCAGGAGGAAUCGAUGCUGUUCGGUCCAUCGAGCCUGUCUCGGUCGAUCAGCUGCUGAAGAAUGCUGAGCAACGCUUCUCUCUGGACUCGGGCGGUAUCAGAACAAUUCCACCAGGAUUCGAACGAGGUGUCCAUUUUGACGAUGAGACGGCGGCCGAGGACGCGCAGGCCAGCAUCAGUAUUGCUCCUGCUCACAUCGAGCCGCAUCGUCAGCUCGGUCAUCCGCACGUCAACGGCGAUGCGCAUGUUCCCAUGACAGAAUUGGAUGAUGACAUUGCUCAGCUUUUGCCUCCAGAGACCUCACUCGAAAUACCAGUACAGCCGAACAGUCAGAAGAAGAGGCCCGCGAUCGCAAAGAAGGAUUGGGCUCAUGUGGUCGACAUCAAUCGCCCGCUUCUCAAUUUUCGCGACCUUGUGCCAGACAUGGCCAAAGAAUACCCAUUUGAACUAGACACAUUCCAAAAGGAAGCAGUCUAUCAUCUAGAGCAAGGCGACAGUGUCUUCUGUGCUGCACACACGUCUGCUGGCAAGACAGUGCUCGCAGAAUACGCAAUCGCGCUUGCCCAGCAACACAUGACCAGAGCUAUAUAUACCUCACCAAUCAAAGCACUAUCCAAUCAGAAGUUCCGUGACUUCAAGCAAGUCUUCGGCGCAGAGAACGUCGGUAUUCUCACGGGCGAUGUGCAAGUCAAUCCAGAAGCGUCCUGUCUCAUCAUGACCACUGAGAUCCUGCGAAGUAUGCUGUACAAAGGCGCGGAUUUGAUUCGCGAUGUCGAAUGGGUCAUCUUCGACGAGGUGCAUUACGUCAACGAUCUCGAGCGUGGAGUAGUCUGGGAGGAAGUCAUAAUCAUGCUGCCUGAUCAUAUCGGCGUCAUUUUACUAUCCGCGACCGUGCCAAACACGAAAGAAUUCGCUGGCUGGGUCGGACGCACGAAGCGCAAGGACAUUUAUGUGAUUUCCACACUCAAGCGACCUGUACCGCUCGAACACUUCCUUUACGCCGGUCGUGACCUUUUCAAGAUUGUUGACAGCACAGGCACAUUCAAUGGACAAGGAUGGAAGGACGCGCAGCAGGCACUCAAAAGGAAACAGGAGAAAGAGCGUGAAGCCGCUGGACUGCCUGCACCGGGUGCGCGAGGACGCGGGGCUCGUGGCGGAACUCGAGGGGUCGGCAUAGUGCAACGCGGCCAAGCGCUAGGUGGUGCGAGCUCAGCGCGGCCUGCGGCUCUAGCACCUCGCCCUAUACGGCCGGGCCCUGGCGCGGAUCGUAACCUUUGGGUUCAUCUUGUCGGAUCGCUUCGUCAGCGCGACCUUCUGCCUGCAGUCAUUUUUACAUUUUCCAAGAAGCGAUGCGAAGAGAACGCGUUAUCUAUGCCAAAUACCGAUCUAUGUACGGCUACCGAAAAGAGCGAGAUUCACUUAGUUGUCGAACGAAGUCUAGGCAGACUACAAGAAAUCGACCGGACGCUGCCUCAGAUCCUCAAGGUCCGCUCGCUGCUCAGCAAAGGUAUCGGCGUACAUCACGGCGGUCUGCUGCCGAUUGUCAAGGAGAUUGUCGAAAUUCUCUUCGCCCGCGGACUCGUGAAGAUUCUCUUUGCGACAGAAACGUUUGCAAUGGGUGUCAACAUGCCUGCCCGGUGCGUCGUCUUUGCGAGUACGCGAAAGCAUGAUGGACGAACCUUUCGAGAUCUCCUGGCGGGCGAAUAUACCCAGAUGGCUGGCAGAGCUGGUAGAAGAGGACUGGACGCGACGGGCUGUGUGAUCAUCGUCUGCAAUGAGGCGGAGCCUCCAGAGACGUCCGACUUGCACAAGAUGAUCCUUGGACAACCCAGCAAACUCACGUCGCAAUUUCGUCUGACAUACAGUAUGAUACUCAACUUGCUCCGCGUCGAGACUCUGCGCGUAGAAGAGAUGAUCAAGCGCAGCUUUUCUGAGAAUGCGUCCCAGAAGCUGUUGCCAGAGCAAGAGCGCAAGAUCAUCGAGGGCGAGAAGCAGCUUAGUGCUCUUCAAUCUAUUGGCGUAGCUAUAGACGACCGGCUUUAUCUCUACCAUGAUCUGGUGAUGCAGAUACGACGACGCAACCAGGAACUUCUUCGGCUAGCAACUCAGUCGUCAUCUUUUGGUGCAUUGGCCGCAGGGCGCGUCGUUCUCCUCGAUGAUGCUAGCUUUGAUACUGUGCCAGCAAUCAUUCUCGGUGCAAGCGCUCGGUUCGUACGCGACGAUGGUAGCAUCGAUCCAGAGCCAGCGUUCAAUGUCAUGGCUUUGGACGAUGGCUCAUCUAAUGGUGCCGUAUCGGUACCACGCUGGCCUCUGCUGGCCAAGACAAGCAGCGGACACACUACAUAUCGACCGCUGGCCAUACAGCUGUCUAGUAUCGGCAUCGUCACCCGCUUCAGACUGACGUUACCGCCAGGAGCGGCCAGCGACAGACCAGCUCGGCGCAUACUCGACGAUCUGGCGCGCGAUGUUCAACCUACCAUAGCGAAGCUUUCGCAGCCGGGGGCCGACGUUGAGUUUGAUUGGGCAAAGUUGCGAAGCUUCGAGCUACGAGAUACGCUGGAUCAUCGCAGGGCAUCUGAACACAAGCUGGCGUCUCUCGGGGUAAACAUUGACGAAGGCACAGCAGCCCAACUGUUGCGAAUCAACGAACGCGAAACGCUUAGGAUGAGCUUGACGAACCUUCGAUUGGCUCUUUCUGACCAGAACCUGGAACUUCUGCCGGAAUACGAAGGUCGAAUAUCUGUCCUCAAACGACUUGGCUUCAUUGAUCUGCAAGCGACCGUCUUGCUCAAAGGUCGAGUAGCCUGCGAGAUCAACUCUGGCAAUGCUCUGGUCUUGACAGAGCUUCUGCUGGACAACACUCUUGCCGUGUACGAACCUGCAGAAGUACUUGCAAUGCUGUCAGCCUUUGUCUUCCAGGAAAAGACUGACAUCGAGCCAAUCCUGACGGAAACUCUGCAAGAGGCCAAAGCGACCAUCCUGGCGAUCAGCGAGCGAAUCGCAUCGGUCGAGUCCUCAGAGCGUGCAGAGUAUUCCGCGGAUGAAUUUGGCAAUAAGCUCUACUUUGGCCUCGUCGAGGUUGUCCACCAAUGGGCGCUCGGCAUGCCCUUUGAGCAGAUCAUGCUUCUGACUGACGUUCAAGAGGGCACGAUCGUCCGGGCGAUCACUCGUUUAGAUGAAUGCUGUCGUGAGGUGCGCGACGCAGCGCGAGUCAUCGGAGAUGCAGAGCUCGGUCGCAAGAUGGACGUAUGCCGGACUUUGUUGCGUAGAGAUGUGGUGUUCUCAGUGUCGUUGUACAUAUGA